AUGGGGAACUGUGCCCAGGGAUGUAAGAAUUAUUUCUGCCGACCAAAGAACACCAAUGUCCGGUUCAGCCUUCCUGCCGUCUGCUUCGUCUGGCAGAUAGCAAUGAUCAUCCUGUUUGGAGUCUUCAUUCGUUACGAUGAAGAGUCAGAUGCUCACUACGUUGAAUUCAGGAGGGAGAAUAAUAUUUCAAGCGACAUAGAGAAUGACUUCUACUACAGAUAUCCCAGUUUCCAGGAUGUGCAUGUGAUGAUCUUUGUGGGUUUCGGCUUUCUCAUGACUUUCCUGAAGCGCUACAGCUUCAGUGGUGUGGGCUUCAACUUUCUCAUUGCAGCCUUUGGAAUUCAGUGGGCACUGCUGAUGCAGGGCUGGUUCCACUCUCUGGACCCCACUGACGGAAAAAUUAGAAUUGGAGUUGAGAGUCUCAUCAAUGCUGACUUCUGCGUUGCUGGCUCCCUGAUUGCAUAUGGAGCUCUUCUUGGGAAGGUCAGCCCAGUUCAACUGAUGGUGGUCACGUUAUUUGGGGUUACCUUGUUUGCUGUUGAAGAGUACAUCAUUCUCGACCUCAUUCACGCAAGGGAUGCUGGUGGUUCCAUGGUCAUCCACGAAUUUGGUGGAUACUACGGACUGGCCAUAUCUUGGGUUCUCUAUCGACCCAAUUUAGACCAGAGCAAACGUCUUCAGGGGUCUGUCUACCACUCUGAUGUCUUUGCAAUGAUUGGAACACUAUUCCUCUGGAUGUUCUGGCCUAGUUUCAACUCAGCUAUCACAGAUCAUGGAGAUGGCCAGCAUAGAGCAGCUAUCAACACCUACCUUGGUUUGGCUGCUUCUGUCCUCACCACAGUUGCCAUUUCCAGUCUCUCACAAAAGAGAGGCAAAGUGGACAUGGUGCAUAUUCAGAAUGCCACCUUGGCUGGCGGGGUUGCCAUGGGGACAGCCGCCGAGUUUAUGAUCACACCCUACGGUUCCUUGAUUGUUGGCUUCUGCGUUGGUAUUCUCUCCACAUUUGGAUAUCUGGUGCUCACUCCUUUCAUGGAGAAGACACUGAAGAUUCAGGACACUUGUGGAGUGCACAACCUACAUGCUAUGCCAGGACUCCUCGGUGGUGUCAUCGGUGCCAUUACAGCGGCAGCUGCCUCUGAAUCCGUCUAUGGACAUGAAGGAUUGAUAAACACUUUUGAUUUUGAGGGGCGAUUUGCAAACAGGACAGUUGGCACUCAAGGUGGGCAUCAGGCUGCUGGAAUCUGUGUGGCCCUUGUCUUUGGGCUUGGAGGUGGAGCAAUAGUGGGUUGUAUCUUGAGGCUGCCCAUCUGGGGAGAUCCAGAAGAUGACAACUGCUUUGAUGAUGAGGUGUACUGGGAGGUAAAUGAAAAGGAUGAGGAGAGCAUCCCUCCCAUUCUGGAGUAUAACAACCAUAUGACCCAGAAGCAUACAGAAAUUUCGGAGUCCAACUUCACUGUUGAGCAGAGCUAG